UUUCACGCCCAGUUUCUUCCAUCUUCACUCAUUCUCUCUCUUCUCCUCUCUUCGUCAAAUCCUAAUUUUGCAACCACCACUGUAAGCUCUUCAGUCCUUAAUCUAUUAGAAAAUGACAAUAACAGACAUCGGGGAGAAAUUGAUCUCAAAAAAUGAGUGGCGAAAGUUUUGGAACUUGGAUGUUAUCAACACUCUUCUACGAUUGUGGACCGUAAACAAAGUUAACAACUUGUUGGCUUGGUCAAUUCCCAAGAAGAAGAGCUGAAGAUACCGAACGAAGUCAAAUAUUUGGUUUGAAUGGAGACAGAAGCGAAAGACUCAAAGUUUCCGUCGCAUAGUUUGAGUCCGUCACAUAGUCUUCUUAAGCGGCGAAUCCACCGCAAAUCUCCUAUGGUGAAACUAGAGACUUUACCUGAAGGAUCAAGUCUGCCGCGGAAGCGAAAGACUUCCUCUUUGUCACUGUUAUAUCCGCCUCCUCGUCCGCCAUUAGCAAUACUUCCAAAGAUAGAAUUUGAUGAUUUCAAGUUGAGAGGUGAAAUUCCUGCGAAGGAGAAGCACUGUAAGUGCAAACAGUCGAGCUGUGUAAAGAUGUACUGCUUGUGUUUUGCAUCCGGCAAGUACUGUGAUGGAUGCAGUUGCUCCAAUUGCCAGAAUACUUUUGAAAAUGAGGAAGUACGGCAGGCUUCUAUUGGACUCAUUUUACAGCGUAAUCAGAAGGCUUUCAGGACAAUGGUUGUUAGUAGUCCAGAGUGUUCUCAGGACAGUGAGGUAAUGUUUUUAGCUUUAUCCAGACAAAUAAUCCUUUCUAACAUUAUAGAUUGUCUCUUUUUAGCUAUACGAGCUGCUGAGUUUUAUUGCUGAGAAGUCUGUAAUAUUAGUAAUGGCAUAUUUUAGUGUAUCAGUAAAUCUACUUAUUACUGGCUUUUCAGUGGUGGUAAUUGUGAUCUAAGUGUUAAGUUUGCGAAAUCAUGUACAAGUGAAUAUAGUAGCUUAUAUCCCUGGAAAAGCUUCAAAAUUAGCUCUGACUUUUUCGUUGUGAAUGAUAUGAAAUAAUUCCAAUUGAGUAAGCUCUAAGUUUUACCAGAAAACGUAUGGUUUUUGUAUGUUUUCCUAUUUGAAGGGAAUAAUGCACCCAAAUGUUAAUGUUUUCAAGUUAUCUUUGUUUUCAAUUUCUAAGUUUUCUCUAUAAUAAUAGACAAUGAUAGCUACAUAGGAGAAGAAACCAUGGUGAUAGCACAAAUUCAACUAAUUUUUAAUUUUUUUUCUGACCUCAAGGAGAUGCUGUAGCUUUGCAUCAGCAUAUUACAAACUUUUUUUCGGGUGCAGUGUAAAAUAAGAUUGUCUACCUCAUAACAUCAGGACAUUGCUCUGAAGUUUCUGUCUUUUCUUCUUCUUCUGCCUUUUUUUUUGGCAGUUAUUCUUUAAAAUAUUAUGCAGUUGGCCCUCAUUAAAGUUGGUUAUAAUGCCUUGACUUUCUUAGGAGCCCUGUUUGGGUUUUCUGGUGUAGAUUUGAUCAUUAUUGUAUAGAUAAGUUAGUGAAUCCAUCUUGAAAGGUUAUUUUACAUUGAUAUUGGAGAUUUAUAUCUGGCUGUAUAUUAAGGAGAAAGGGUCUCUGACCUCUUCCAAGUGCAGAAUGGAAGAAAAAAUGCUUUAAUUUUGGUCAGGUACAUAGGCUGCUGCUGCAAGAGAUCACGGUGCAUUCAGGGGUACUGUGAGUGCUAUCGUGCUAAUAUCAUUUGUUCCAAAAAUUGCAAAUGCAAGAACUGCAAGAAUUCUAGAGCAUAUGAAGAAAUAAGCUCAAAAGAAUCAAAAAAGUUCGAAGGCCAUGAGAACUUUCUUGAUUCACAUAAGAAGGAGCAGCUCGACUGUAUGCUUCCACAAAGUUGGCCGCAGAUUUUUAGAGAAGCAGCACAAGGUCCUUUGAACUUCCGCUUCAGAUCCUUGUUGGCUGAAAUCAUUCAGCUGCAAAACUUGAUGGAGUUUUGUGAAUUAUUGAUCGUAACAUCAAAAGCUGUUAAUAGCCUUUCAGACAAAGGAAAUCCUCUCAAUUUGGAAAACCUGAGUCACGAACAGAUAGUGAACAGUUCUUCUGCGCAAAUGGAGAGCCAGGAUGAACGAUCUGAGAAUCAGGGAUCUAAGCAGGACAACAAUGCAAGUCUAGCUCAGAUUGACGUGCGCUGCCAAGAUUCCACCUCUAAUGCUAUCAUACUGACAGAGAGGCCAAGGUCACCAGAAACUCUUCACUUGAUGCGCAACGAGAAAGACAUGUCGUUGUAUCCAGAUGCUUCAUCCGAUGUGGCUUUAAAUCAGGGCUGCUAUUUAGAUGUUUACAUCGAGCAGGAGAAAGUUGUACUCGUAAAACUCCGGGAUUUCCUUAACAGCCUCAUCACUAGUGGAAAAGCAAAAGAUUCUGAGUUGUUAGCAGGAGCCAAAAAAGCGAAUGGAAGGGAAAAAUUUUAUCCGCAAUUUUGUGUUCUAGAAUCAGAAAUGGAGAAACAUGAAGAAGUGGUUCAAAGCUUACAGCAUAAGACUUGGUAAAUUCCCCAAUUUCUGAAGCAUCCAGUGCCAAUUUUAAAAAUCUGAAAUGGGAGCUUGAUGAAACGGGUAACCAUAAAAAUUUGGGUUGUAGAACCUAUUGUGUAAGGAACACUGAGUACUUCGAAUGCAACAGUGUCUGCUGCAAUCUGAGUCGGACGUUUGUGAAUCGUCAUAAAAGUUGUUUAGUUUAGUCUCAACUAUAAGAGACGACGAGCAAUUCAUGGUUGCUAUUAUUCUUCCGAACAUAAAUUUUAUAGUUCCAAUGAGGAAAACAUGCCAGAGUGUCCCAGGCUAUGAAUCCGCUUGAGGAGUUCCCAUCUUACGGUCCGCACUCUUGUCACCUUCGAGUAAGGCUGCCUGUAACACACGGAAUGGUCCUGGUAUUUUCUAGUACUAAACUAGAAAGGAUAGAGAAUACCAAGACCUAGAGAAUGAAUCAUUUCAUCUCUUUCUGGAGUGACCAAUGUAAAUCUGCUUUCCGGGAUUGACAAGAGCGUUAAUGGGCAUCGCCGGAUUAAUACCACGCAUACCAAAAUUCCAGAUCAGCAUACACAGAUAAUCUUUAAUGGCUCAAAUU